CAAAAAACUAUGAAGAUGAAGAUGAAGGCACUUAAAAUGCCUUCAUUGUGGUCGUACGUUUAAUGAAACAACAUACAAAAAAUGAAUGUAAAAAGAAACAAGAAUACAAUGGAGCAUAUUAUCUACAAUAUUGUAUGUAUACUGCAUAACUUUGCUCUUCAAUAAAACAUAUUUGUUCAUUGAACAAUAUAUUUUAAAAUGUUAUAGAUUGGGUUGCCAGGUGGUGGUGUCAUACAUGACCGAUGACAUCACAAUGGUCUUAAAGCCAAUUUGAACAAUGGGUUAAUGUGGAAAUGUAUCAGUCUUCAUUGGUUAUCGACAUGGCUUGUUUCUGCUGGUGCAAAAAGGUAUGAAAUCAGGUCAUUUAAUCAAUUAACAACUACUAUAAUUCUGGAGUAGUAUGUUUCUCUUAAACCUAGUGGGAAGAAUAAAAGUAAAAUUACAUUCUGAUUGACGAAUACGUAAAAAGUGUACAUGAAAUGUACAUGAAGUUCGGCUAUUGCAAAUGUCACUCAAUGUAACCUGUCUAUACUGUGUUAUUUGAGGUUUAGGAUAGAUCCCUAUGAUUCUCCAUUUAGGCCAACCUCUUCCUACUCUUAUGACCCCCUCUUCCAUUGGCUGGGGAUCUGGGGGGAAAGUAUUUAGCACUAUCACAUUUUCUUGUCAACAGAAAAAACGUCAGAAAGCAAAUUCAGUUGAUGUGGAGCAGAAGACAAGAAAGAAGAAGGAGAGGGGCACUUCAUCCCCCUCUCCAAUUCCAUCUGACCGUUCUGAACGGAAUGGCUCCACUACCUCUGACCCCUCACCCUCUGACCAACUCUCCUCCCUCCAUCCACCUCCCUCUCCUGUUAAAUGUUCCUCUCAGCCUUGCUCUCCUGCUAAACAACCCUCUGUACCCCGGUCACCUGCCAAAAACCCUUCCCCAGUGAAAUCCUCUCCAGUGGUGUCCCACCCUAGUUCUCCCUCUCCUACCAACCCUCUGGACCGUCAUGGAGACACCAGCCAGGAGGGCACAACAGUCAGACCUCUGUCUCUUCAGGAACACUCUAGUCCAAUGCCCCAGAGACCAGUCUCAGCCACCAGAAACAUGACUCUUCCCAGGACCAGCUCAGCCACCAGAAGCAUGACUCUUCCCAGGACCAGCUCAGCCACCAGAGGGUCAGAAGAGACCCAGGGGGCCAGAGGAGAACGGGGGGAACUGGUCAACAUGGAAUUUCUUGGGUUGCCUAACAUUGGCAACACUUGCUUCCUUAACGCCACCCUGCAGUGCCUCCUGGUCCUGCCUUCCUUCUCAAAGGAAAUCCUGCACCAGGAACAACUCUGGAGCUCCUCCCCCUUCUCCAACCUGCUCAGGUGUCUGUCUGAUGUGCACCGUUCAGGUCUACCUGACAGUGUGGCAAACCAGGCCUCAAAAGCAGACCUCAUGUGGAAGGUCAAGUACUCCUUGUCGGGAUACGAUUUGAAGUAUCUGGGGGACACGCAACAGGACGCACACGAGUUACUCGUCAAUAUGCUGUGCCAGCUGAAGGAGGAGGGCAUGAUUCUGAAGACACUCGGGAUGAACUAUACCUGCCCUGUUUCCCAGCUGGAGUUCCAGCUUGUGUCGGUGCGCACAUGUACCAGCUGUGGGCGCGAGUCGUCCACCAGAGAGGACUACAACCACCUCUCAUUGGACAUCAGCCCUGAGCGCACCUUGCUGAACAGCCUAGCACUCACUUUCAAAAGUGAACAGGUUGAAUUCACAUGUGAGGGCUGUAAAGGCCUCCACGCCUCAAAGGUGGAGCAGUUCCACACACUGCCUCUUGUGCUGGUUCUGCAUCUGAAGAGGUUUGGAGGACCUGGGGGGUUGGAGAAGCUGGAGGCUCCUCUUUUGUUUCCUUCGGAGCUGAGGCUCUCCACCCUCUGUGGGGACAUGGUGCCACACCUGCACAGUGCCAGCCCACAGGCCCUCACCAACCAGGCCCCCAGCAUCCAGGGGUCCAUCCCCCAGACCCUCGCCAGCCAAGUCUCCAGCCCACCUGGAGAGGCCAAAGACAGCGCCCUCUGCUGUAAAGGUAGGUCAUGGCACCAUAACACUAUUCUGGCUCCAACACCACACAAACGACCCACUCCCAAAACGGUCCUGCUGACAGAGAAGCUGGAAGCUGCAAUUUAA